UCAGCUGAGCAUGAUGGGGUCACUUCCGGGUUUUCUCUGUUCCUGUGUGAGGACUGAGUUGGUUUCCUAACCACUGUGCUCAGUUGUUUCUCAACUUUCUACCGAAAUUCCGACAAAAGGGCCGUUCAAGACAUCGUUCAAGGUCACUGAGGACACAGCACGCUCCAUAAAUCGUGCUUCCAAAGGGAUAUUUUGUCUGCAGGAGGGGGAAACGAAGAAAUUUUGCCGUGCGACAGUGUGAGUGUUGCCAUCCGCCGAAUAGGAUUCACAGCUGUGUUUUGCUUCAUUUAACCAAAUAUCGGGACUUGGAAACUCGCCCAGAAUGGGUGAUUAGCACAGAUCUAUGCUCCUCUGAUGAUAUCUUCCCGCUUGUUUGAUGACAUCGCACAGUUGACAUCGUAAAAAACGGCAGGGAUCGCGUCAGAGACGGUUGGAACACUGGCAAAGCCAGACGGCGGAAAUUCAAGAUGGCCACCCCCAAGUUGAAGCAAUUCCUUAAAAAAGCUCUGGCAAAGUACAAGCACAAGGAUGUGACACAGAAGGAAGUGGUGGCGACCCUCAAGCACUUUGAGGACCUCAAGCCAGUGGUAGACACAUAUGUUUUCAACGACGGAUCACAGACUGAGUUACUGUGUCUGUGUGGAACCAUCCCAGUCAAGAUAAAAGAACUACGAGGACAAAGUACGUCAGCAGGGGCGUCAGGAGCUAACACCUACAACAUCCCAGUGUGCAUCUGGCUGACGGAGUUCCACCCCGAGAUUCCCCCACUGGUCUACGUGCGCCCGACGGGAAACAUGGUCAUCAACGAGUCCAAACACGUGGACAUGAACGGGAGGGUGUACAUGCCGUAUCUCCACGAGUGGACACAUGCGCUUCACCGGUCGAGCAGCGCCUCUAGCAUGCCAACUGCUCGCAGCAGUCCCUCUCGGUCAGGAAAUGCGCUUCAGCGGUCAAGUAGUGCCUCUGGUGUACCUGCUGCUCGGAGCAGCCCCUCUCGGUCAAGAAAUGACUCGGAUCUGAUCGUUCUGAUUCAGCACAUGAGACGGGUGUUCUCCGAGGAACCUCCCGUCUUCAUGAGGAGCGCGUGCCCGCCAGGAUCGUACCUUCCCGCCGAGAUCGAGAGAAUUCUGACGGACAAGGUGUACCGCAACAGGCAGAUCACGCAGCUGGACGUCAGGAAUGCCGUCACCAACUUCAAGGACCUAAAGGUCCAUGUGGAUGUAUUUAGUACACCUGGGGCCUCCAAGAGAGAGCUGCUGUGCCUGAAGGGAACGGUACCUGUCAUCUACAAGGAGGGCACCUACAACAUUCCGCUCAAAGUCUGGCUGUUCGAGGACCACCCCAACGCCUCGCCUGUCUGCUACAUUGUACCCACCAACAACAUGAGAAUCAACGACAGGUGUAAGCACGUCAACGCAAACGGGAAGGUGCAACUGCCAUACCUCGACGACUGGAAAGAUGCAAACAGUGACUUGUUCAGUCUGAUCCAGGUCAUGAGGAUUGUGUUUGGAGAGGAGCCACCUGUCUAUGCCCUCGCUGAUGCUUCAGGUGCAGAGAACACAGGGGCAGACGUUGUCUCACCAGGAACAACAUCAGGAACAGCUCCCACCUCUGCCAGCUCUGCCCCACAGCAGGCAGACCAGGCAACGACCGACAAGCCUCCCAAGUCCGCAGACCGAGUCCUCUGUCUCAUCUGCAUGGACAAGAAGGUGGACUCUGUGGUGUACGACUGCGGACACAUGUGCAUGUGCUUCGAGUGUGGACAGGCCGUGCUGGACGCCCAGGCCAACUGCCCCAUGUGUCGCUCGAAAAUCAAGGACAUCAUCCGAACAUACCAUGCCGGGGUGGCCGAAUAGCAAAGUCAGCAAUUAGUUACGGAUAAUGUUAGAAGCAUGGCACUUGUUCAUGAUGUUGUCCACAGCACUACAACAACUGUUGUACCAAGGCAAGAUUUGAACUGUGAUUUCCAACAGAAAAAAGAAGGUUCUGGACUUACCCAAAUUUUUGGAUAAAACACUGCCAGUAUUUUUCAAUGAAUGAGUAAUGCAUCACUUUUUUUAGAUCACUUUCAACGACUUUUGAUUCACUGCUCACCAAGUCACAUGUUCUAUCUGCAUAGCAUGACAUCACAGAAACAGUAGCUAAAUCCUUGACAAGGACGGGUGCUGUUCUGUUGAAAACCUUAGUUAGUUGAGAACCUCUCCAUUGUGUUGGAAUUGCAGUUCAAAUCUUGCUUAGGGAAUAGGAAUGAAUUCUAACAACAGACAAACUUUCAAGUCAACAACUGUUGUUACAGCAUCUUACCAACCGCAAACGUUAUAUUGUAAAUAUUACCAGCAGUGUAUUUAAUGGGCAACUUUCAAAAGCAGUUUUUACUUAAGACUAUAAGACAUAUGAAAUAUGACUGACUGGCUGGCUCUGUGUAAAGUUGUAUUAGCUAUUUUAACCAUUCCACUGAUUAAGGAAUAGUAGGUAUUGAAUAGACUUGCUUGAAAAUAGUUGGAGAUUUUAAGAUUUGUUCUUCACCAAUGCGAUUGUUUUAUUGACAAACAGUAACAGCAUGUAUGUGUAUGUUUGUGAAACUGUUGACUUAGAAUAAGUGAGAGAAGACAACUUGAUCAUUGAAGAAAACAGCUGGACCUGCAAUGGUUACUCCUAUUUUGAUAAAUUUACCCUGAGUGGAAAAUAUUACUGUUAUUAGCCACAGCAUUUGCUUGGGAUGAACUGUACAUAGCACGAUAUGUAAGACCAAAUUUGAUUGGUAAACGUUUGAAAACAUUCCUUACCUGGCAUGCAUGUAGGCUGUAAGAGGGUAUUAAUGGGGGUCCUGAAAGCACUUUAUGGUUAAUUUAAAUCUAUUAUUGUUACAACACCCCAUGUAUUAUGCUAAAGUUAAGGAAGGCAAUUACCCAAAUUUUGGUCACAUUGGUAUAUAAAUUAAGUGGUUAUGCCAGAUUUUUCUAUAAAUUACAGGAAAUCAAAAUAGGCUACGUAUACGUCUUACCGAAAACAUGUAGACCCCCUGUAUCCUUGUGAUGACAGAACUACAGUUCCUUUUCUAUGCCAUUCAAUGCAACAAUGUUUUUUAUUGGACCAGCAGACUAAUAUGGUUGGUCCAGUCGAGAUAACUAGUGUGUAAUACUUGAAGCUGAAGCCACUGUUUUGACAAUGUAGCUUGUAAUGCUGAUUUUUUUUUUAUGCAGAACUUUGGAUGCAAUAUGAAAUUGUUUUAUGAUAAAUUAUGGGGAACCCAAUAUACUAUAUAUAAAAUUUAUUAUGUUAUGAUGUGAUGUGAUCAAUUUUUGAAUCAAGCAAGAACAAGACAGGAGUAAUUUUUUCAGAGUGCUUCUUGAUGAUGAAAUAAUAGUGUGAGAGCUUCAAUUAGCACAGAGAAGUUCCUAUCCCCUCUCUUUGUAGCAUAAAACCAAUUCUAUACCUUCACUCUUGCAUUUGAGGAUUUCCACAGUGUAAUAAAAUACCUGUUGAUCAUUGAUAAAUAAGGUAGCUUCUUGGCAAUUUUAGUUCCUUCAUGUAGACAAUGGCUUAGAUAUCUUACAUAUAAGUAGGCUCUAUAGUAAAGAUGUUCAAGGAAGUACACCAAAACAUGUUAAGAUUUGUACUUGUGUACAUUUGAAUGACAUGAUUGUAUGAAUUAAAUCAACAGGCUGUUUCUAUGUUUUGUUGAUUAUAAGAAUAUAACAUUAUGGUGGUCAGUCACACUCACAAUCAUACAUUAUUGUAUGAAAAGUCUUGACUACAUCAGAAUGAUGACUUGUACUUUUUUACAUUAUGCAUUUCAAUUUUUCCUCAAAAUAUCUUGUAUGAAGUUUUUCUCAGCUUUUCAGGCAUAAUUAUCAUAUUGUUUUUAUACUGCAUUGAAAUGAUUUACAUCUGUGACACUAUUUUCUGUAUUUUAAGGUGACAAAUAUAUGUAUGGAGUUUAAACACAAUGAUUUUCAUAUUAUCAUGUUUUUUAUCAAUUUGAUUUUCUUACAAUUUUAAGUGUAACAUUUCAUGCAAUGUGUUGUUGAUAUAGCUUGGUGGUUGUUUCAUGUACAUAUAAGUGCAGUAUAAUUCAAAGGAAUCUUUGUGACCAUCUAUGUUAUUUAGAUGAUGUGGUCUUUACUUCAAUUUCUGCAGGGAGCCAUGUGUAAGUAGGUUUUCAUAUUAUUCUAGCCAACAAAUAUCACAAGUAACAAUUUUUCAUAAUAUUGUAAAAAGAAAAAGGAGUAAAAGUCAUAAUGUUUUUAUUUUGCAUUUUUCAUAUAAGUUUAUAAUUUUGUUACAUCGAUUUUGAACCAUAUUGUGUCCCUCAAAAUACUGCUACGUAUAGUCAUAAGCUUUUAAUUAAAAUUCAUGUUUCAAU